AGGAUGUUAGUGAUCAAGAUUGACACAUUUCUCACUUAAAACUACAUCAAAAUAAUUUGUAUUUGGCAUUUCAAGUAUAUUCAUAAUCAAAGUAUGUAUAUUAUCAACAGUGACGAUGUAAUACACAGCCAUUCGACCGAGGGCAUGACAUCACAUCCAACAACUGUUGUGAAGGUCAGGGGAAGAAUCGUUUUGCACCAGACGGAGAAAAAUAUCGGUGUAUCAGCAGGAACUUUUCUUUAUUCAAACUUUAUCUGUGUCAGGAUUUAGUAAAGCAAUUAUGCAGAUCCUGCAUUACCUGAAGUUGCCAUGGAAUACUUACAUUUGGUACAAAACCAGUGUACUUCCUUUCAGAAAUUUUCCUUUUUGUCAAACAAGAACUACCAGCAUUCUUAUAAAAUUCACAGGAUGCACUUAUUCCCAACCAUUGUGCAAAUUGGACAUUUCGCAGAAGGAUGUCUCAAGACAUUUACAUAUUCCUUUGAAGACAGUUCCCAGUAGGUCACACACAUGUCCUACUAUGUCACUCCAACACACAAAAUUCAACAGUUUGCAUAAACAUCAUUGUGAAUCAUCUGUGGCCAAGUCAGUGAAUGAGUGGAAGAUAAGUCAAUUAAAACUAGCCAACCAUGCAGAAUCAAUGUACCAGACAUUGGUUAAGAAUCAUCCUUGGUUGUAUCCAUAUUCUAGAACAGUUGCAUUCUCGAAAAAGAAAAACAUCAGAAAAUUGCAAGAUGUAGAACCGGAAAUGAAAUCGACUGAGAUGGAAAAUUUAAUUAUGACUAUCAUGAAUUCAUUGGAUAACAUGGAUGCAGCUAGUAUUUCUUCUGUGUAUCUUGAUUUUAACCAUGCAGGCCUAGAAAAGACACACACCCUGAUGACAAACCUUUUUACGCAGUUGCAUGUAAAAUGGGAAAGUGUUGAUUUUCUUUCACUUGGACGAUAUUUAUCAGCUGUAGAGCACUACAACGGCAGUCACAUCUUGAUUGAAAUGGAAAUUCUUCCUAAAUUUCAAUGUCUACUUCAGAAUGAUCAGGUCAGAUACGAAGACAAUCCAAAAGAGUUUCUUCAAGUGCUGUGCCAACUUUCCUCCCAUGGUAUACUGCAGCGGACAGAAAAUGAUUUAGUAUCAGAUUUGUUACUUCAAAUACUAUCAUUGUGCUUGGAUGAUAAAGUCAUUGGUAAUGACCUUGACCUUGUUGUUCCAGUAUUUGAAUUAGUGUCCUUGUUUUUGUUGGGUGAUGAUCGACUGACCUUCAUCGAGUCCAAUAUUCAUGAUAUAUGUGAAAAGAUUUUGAAACAAGUAACAGCUAUAAUGUUGAAAAAUGUUCAACAACUGAAUCUCCGUCAACUCUGUGCAGUCUUGGCAAUGUCAGGAGAGGAACAAAUGGAGUUCUUGUCGAAACCAUUUUUGGAAAAUAUUCAGGCUCGUAUGGAGUUUAUUUUAUUUGAAACACAACACUUUUCAUCAUACAAUAUCUUAGAGCUCCAACAACUUGCAAAUCUUUCCUGGAUGAAGAUUUCAGCAGAUGGAAGAGACAGACUUGUGAAUUUGACAUGGGAAUGUUUGCAAAGUUCUGUAGAAGAAGAUCAUUUACCUCUAGAAAUGAUAAUGUUCUUGAAACGUUCUGGUCUGGUAUCUGACAUGUUACUUGACAUAAAGAUUCCUUUAAGUGUAAAACAAUCAUUGAAACAAGCAAUUCUUGAUGUUGAUAUAUUGAAACGUCUGGAACCCACAGAUUUUAUUGAUUUGUAUGACAUAGUAUCAAUGUUUUUCUCAACAAAAAAUGAAGAUGACAUAAUCACCCAGCAAUUACUAUCAGAAGUACGCACUAACCCCACAUUAAAAAUGACAGGCAAAUUACCACAUAUUCUCUAUACUUUGCUUAUCAAUAGAGAGAGGCAUCCAGCAGUUCAAAAUCUUAUCUUAAAUAAGAAAGUUGUAAAUAGUUAUAACCUGUAUGACUUUAAAAAGCUUAUCAAUUUCACAGCCAGGUGCUUUGGUGAUAUUUAUUACCAUAACCUUCAUCAGAGACUUAACAAGAUAUUUUGUAGAGAAGGGAGAGAAAGGUCAUUGGCCCAAAAUAACAUUCAUCAGCUUUUCCUCUUGGGAUGGGACAGAAGCUACACAAGCAACUAUGUAAAACUGUGUGGAAUUCCUAGCUGGCGACUACAACAACGAUUUCGAGACCUUACAUACCCUGCUGAGAGUUUAGACCAGGAUGUGCUGGAAGCUCUAACCUACCUGUGUUACAAAGGGAUAGACCAUCAUCAGAUUGAAGUUGCCUGCUUGAUGGUUCUGUGUUUGCCCACUAAUCGGGGGUCUCUCUUGUACAACAUUCUGGUGGACUACGCACUCAAAAACCAGGCAGCUAUGAAAGCAAGUAAUCACAGGGACCUUCUGCAAAUCAUAGUGAGAGCAGGACCAACCUUCACUGAGGCAAAAGUAGUUAUUCAGAUGGCCAAUGACUUCAUUGAACAAUCAGAAACGGAUGACAUGGAUCCACGUGUCCUGCUACAGAUGCUUCGUAGUAUGUCAGAGUUUAAGGUUUUUCCACAGCAUUGCAUCAAAAAAGUCUUCCAGAAACCCUAUUUCAACAAACUGUUGGAGUUACUGCAAAGUACAGAUUUGUCUUAUAAUCAAUCAACUUUACUAUUGGACAACAUUAUUAGGGUGAACAGAGCUGUGUGCCUUCUGUAUCCAGAAUAUGGUGUGCCUUAUCUACAGGAAUUGAUAGAAUCCCCAUCAGAACCAGAUAUUAACACAGCAGUGAAAUCGGAUGAUGUCCAUGCCAAGCUUAUCUAUCUCUUACAUAAGCAAUGCAUGGUGGAUGUUCUGUCAGCUGAAUUUGGCCCGGAGUUUGUUCAUACCAACCACAAAACUGCAGGCCUUAAUAUAGAUAUUGCAGUAUAUUUUGAUGAAAACCUUGACGUAGUGAAACAUUCUCAACUAGACGAAAUGGAAAAGGCAGGCAAACAUUACAAAAAACUUGCGGUUCUUUGUCUGGAAAAGAAGGAUUAUAAUUUGAUCACUAAAGGAAAAACAAUGGAAGUUGAACAGAAGAGGGAUCUUCUCAUAGCUCAAGGAUACACUGUUAUUGCUACUCCCUGCUGGAAAAAUGAAAAAUACAAAAUACUGAUGGAAAGGGCACAGCAUCUCCUGUUUGAAAUCUAUGGCUCAGUUGGCAACAGAGUCAUGUGAAGGAACAAUUUCUGUCUUGGUGGACUGCUUAGAAUUCAACUGUGCAUGAAGCAAGAUCAAUUACCACAUAAGAUAAAAUCAUUUUAGUAAAGCAUUUGAUAAAAGUACCUUUGUGUUUAUAAUGCAGGGUAAAACAACCACAGCAGCUUCUGAGUUUGAGUCCUUCAAUUUAUCACACUUGUCAAUUCAUCACAACUGAUGAAACCCAAACAGAGCGAAACAUGUUGAUAGGUGUAAUAAAUUGAAAAAUUCAAACUUGGAUCCUUUGUGGAUGUUUUACCUAGGAUUGAUUAUCGCUACGACCUAACCACCACGCAUCCUUUCAGGUGUCCAGCAGAAGAGUAUAGGAUACUUGGAUCGACCUUAUGAUAAAUUACAGCGUGGCUCUAUCCCUUUUAUUUUUACGUUUACAAGAUUAAAUGUUUUGUCCACCAGGUGUAUGUCACAUGUUCACCUCAAAAGUAAAGUUCAACCAAAUAUAGGAUUUGAUUAGUAAAUGUAUAUGAUACUAAAUGUGUAUAAUACUAAAAACAUAUCUAUGGUGGGUAUUCCUUGAAGAUAAUCUAAUUUAUCAUGAUAUGGCAAUAAGCAUUAGACAAAUUUUUUUAAAAGCACUUUUUCAAACCUGUAUGUAAUAGCAGCUGUUGAAAUGCACGUGUUCAGAUGUUUGGUAGUUGGUACACAUUUCUAUGCAUUUCUAUGAAUGUCAUGUUUUCUUUGACAUGUACAGGCCUAGCCCUCUCCAUGACAGUCAAUUUAAUCAGAUUGAUUUAAUAUUAUGAAAUAAAAUAACUUUUGCCAGACUAUCUUCCUGUCUAUAAAGAAUUGUAAAGAAGUUUGAAAGAAAGUAUGAUUUAUAAAUGUAUAAUUAUUAAAGAAGAGGUCCAAUGGGCCUGAAGUGCUCACCUAUCUGUAGCUUACACAGAAGACUUUAUCAGUUCAUGAAGCAAAUUUCUGCAAAAUUGAAAGCAUAUUCCCCAAGCACACUACUCAAAUACCCAGUACCUCAACCAAGGAAAUAUUACUUGUUGGAAAGUAAAAAGUCCUUAAUACAUUUGACCCUGUCACCUUGAAAGUAGGUCAGGGUCAAUCAUUAGAACAGAUUUAGUUGAAGUUGUUGAAGAUUUCAAUAUAUUUUACCCCUGUGAUCUUGAAAUGGUUGGUCUUUGAUGGUAGAUUAAUCUAUGUUCAUAUUAGAGGUUUACCAUGUGCAUUGAAAUUUAAGUAGUCUUUGGAAUUGGCUGGUAGAAGUUUUCCUAGAUUAAAGUUUAUAAUAAACAGUGAGGUAGGUUUACCAUAUAUAAGUUUUAACAUACCUUAGAAAUUAUCUAUUUUCAGCUGAGUAAAUAGACCAGAGAUAAUGGAUAAAUAUUUGUUGUUUGGCAGCAUAACACUAUUACAUAUAUUAAACUAUAAUACUUACUG